CAAAUGCAUGUUCUGACCCCAAAGAAAAAUUAUGUUCCGUAUGACUCUGUAUAUAAAGGCAACGAACAUGUGGAAAAAGCUCAAAAAAACAAAUGUUUACUUUACUAUUCUGAGUCUCCUACUUCUAGAUUGGAAUCAUUAAAUUCUUGUUCUCACUUUCGCUUGGUCUAUCACUCAAGAGUUCUCCACAGAAAACUUCACAACCGUCCUCUGCUCUCGCACCAACCAUUGUAUGCCUGGUUUUACCAGGACUAGGAGGAUGAGCGUGGCCGGAGAAGAAGAGGCCGACCUGCGAAGAGGGCCAUGGACUCGCGAAGAAGACAAUUUGCUCAUGCACUCGGUCGCAUGCCACGGCGAGGGACGCUGGAAUCUGUUGGCGAAAAGUGCAGGAUUGAAGAGAACUGGCAAAAGUUGCAGAUUGAGGUGGCUGAAUUACCUGAGACCCGACAUCAAGCGCGGGAAUCUCACCCCGCAGGAACAGCUCGUGAUACUUGAACUUCACCACAAAUGGGGCAACAGUGUUCAGGUAAUUUCAUUGUUCAUCACAUGUCAAAUUCGUUUGAUUUUUGGGCGAAUUCUCAGGUGGUCGAAAAUCGCGCAGUAUUUGCCGGGAAGGACUGACAACGAGAUCAAGAACUACUGGAGGACCCGGGUGCAGAAGCAAGCGCGGCAGCUCAACAUCGAAUCCGACAGCGAGAGGUUCCUCGACGCAGUCCGCCAUUUCUGGAUGCCCCGGCUGCUCCAGAAAAUGGAGCAAGCUUCAUCCCCCGAUCAAACAACAAGGGCUUCUGACAUGAGCAUGAACUGUUCUGUUUCUGCGUCUCCAGUACAUUAUCCUUCCUCCACAUCCCCACCCAGCAAAUUGACCCAGAACUCGAAUUCUUCGAUGGAAGUCUCGAGUUAUCCGAUGAGCACCGAUGCAGAUAUCUGUCCGAACUUCCCGAAAACGGAACAGACACCUGAAAUUCGUGAAGAAUUCUCAGGUGCAGAUGUAGUUGGCAUUGGCAACAGUACUGUGUACAACCCGAUACUUGCCGACGACAGUUACUUCGGGGAUGGCGCCUGCUACGACUACGCCGCCAUGUCAGCAAUGGGCGCUCACAACGGUUGGCUGUCACAGGGCCACGUGGAAGGAAGCAGCUGGGCUGUCGAUGACGUGGCGGAUGCAUAUUGGACGGUUGAUGACAUAUGGAAGUUUAGAGACUAAUGACAGGGCUGGAGGAUAGCCUGGUCAUUUACGCUCCAUAAACCCAACCCAAGGAUCUUUUAAACUGGGGUUUGAAUUUUUACUUAAAGAUUUCCUUAUAAGCUUCUUCUAUGACAAACUAGAAGUGGGUUCGAUUUUGUAAGCAGAUGAUGUGAA